AUGGACGCUCAAUCAUCAGGCACAUUACAGUCGCCUUCAACAUUCUCCGGCAGUUCCAAAACUGGCAGCAGUCGAUCUGGAGUGUCCUCUGCCGAGGAUCAAGAUUUUACAAAGGACAAUGCUGCAUCUCCAAUCGAUUUGGAGUGUCACAUCCAAGCAGAACGAAUCACUAAGAUCCUGGACGGAGCAGUCUAUAAAACAAAAUUGGCUCUCUGUCUUCCGAACCUGGUGCAAGAGUAUCGUACCCUCAACUCCAUAUUAUCACCCCAACAUAUGGAAGACCUGGUCUUUAUAUUUGAGCAGUAUGAUAAUCCGUUGUUCUCGACCAGUCUCCUCAAUAUGGCUGCUAUGGAAGACAUUAAGACGGGCGAUAUUUCAUUGAAGAAUCGUCUUAACCCUGAACUUGGUCAUUUGAUGUAUAUAAUGAACAGCUAUCCGGCACUUCGUCCAAUCGUAGAAGAAAUGAUUCAAGAGAUGAAGAUUGAAUAUGCAGAAUUUGGUGAGACUAGGCAGCGAGUCACGGGACUGGAUUACCUUCUUACUCUAGAACAUUUCCGUGAGCUGAUGAUACGGCAGAUGGAAACCACAGCUGCUGAGGAAUUAGCCGCUAAGUUUAAUACCAGGAAACUUGAGGCUUCUAAUGACAAUUUGCUGGCGAAAAUCAAAGAAUACACGGAAACCUUAAAAGAUGAAAACGAGAGAUUUGAAGAAACGAUGAAAAUGAAAUCAGCCAUGAUCGCGAAGUUAGAGAAAGAAUUGGCCAUGCUUAAUCAAGAAGCGGACGUCAAACUUAAGAAAAAAAUUUUGGAUUCCGAUCGUCAAAUGGUUUUGUCCACGCGGGCCCAUAUAGUCAAGAAUGAAAUGCUCAAAGAAGAAGAGUUGGAAUCGAAGGAGAAUUACGAAAAUUUAUUGCGAACUCACCUUAUUGAUGAAAAAAAUCAACGAGCUAGAAGAUUUAAAGUAGAGACCCAGUUGCUGUCGUGGCUACAAAAAUAUGACCUUGAAAUGGGUGACAAACAAGUUGAUCUCGACGAUUAUACUGAGAAGUAUGAAGAUGAAUUGCGAAAAUGUGAAGAACUAGAGGAAAAAUUAGCUGAACAAGACAAAGAAUAUAUUCCAUUGAUGGCAGAACGAGAAGCGGAGUAUCACCAGGAGAUGACUGAGAAAAUGAAUAAGUUCCUCUUAGAACAUGCAGCGAGAGUCAUUCAGAAUGCAUGGAGAGAAGUGUUGGCUAAUAGAGCUGAGAAGAAACGGCUCAAGAAGCUGCAGAAGAAAAUGCAAGCGGCCGCUGCAGCAGCAGAGAAGAAAGGUGGAAAGAAGUAGAAGUGUUCUUCUUUAAUUGUGAUUUCUUUUAAUUAUAAAACUAUUUCUAUGUAUUU